CGAUUCAGACCGAAUAUCAAAGGUUAUGGUUAUGAUAAAAGUCCACGAGAGUAUUGCCUCUGUAAAACUAGUCUGUGAUAACUUAUGUAGCUAAUUUUAGGAAUUACUGAUUAUUUUAAUCAAUCAGUAAAUGCAUUUUUCAGAUAAAAUAUUAACUCUGGUGAUUGUGGCUAUUGUGAUUAGUAAAUAAUUCACAAAAUUUAACAAAAGACUAAUUUUCAUUGGUAUUUUACGAAGUGUUAAUAGUAAAGUUAAACAUGUUACGUAUCGCAAGUCGAAAAUCGCUCUAUUCGAUCGAAUAUAUCAGACAAACUUUAAACUUUAAUUUAAAACAAACGAGAAACUUAAAUUUACUCGAAUACCAAAGUAAGGAACUCCUUAGAGACUGUGGAGUUUCUGUGCAAAAUUUUGCUAUUGUUGAUGAUAUAAAUAAAGCGAAUUCUGCAUUAGAAAAAUUACAUGCAAAUGAAUAUGUCAUUAAAGCUCAAGUAUUAGCUGGGGGCCGUGGAAAGGGAUGGUUCGAUAAUGGGUUCAAAGGUGGUGUACAUCUUGAAAAAGACCCUAAAGCAGUCUUAGAUGUUGUGAAACAAAUGUUAGGUCAUCGUCUUAUUACUAAACAGACUUCAAAAAAUGGCAUAUUGGUACAGAAAAUUAUGAUAGCAGAAUCUGUAAAUAUUGCACGUGAAACAUACGUUUGUAUUCUUAUGGAUAGACAGCACAAUGGUCCUGUGUUGAUAGCAUCACCAGCAGGUGGUAUGGAUAUCGAAGCAGUUGCUGAAAAAAAUCCAGAAUUAAUAAAAACAGUACCACUUGAUAUAUAUCAUGGGAUUGAUGAUGCUAUUGCUAAAGACAUUAGCACUUUCCUAGGUUUUGUAGAUCCAGAUGUGCAAGAAAAAGCAUUAUUCGAAUUAAAAAAUUUGUGGAAGCUAUUUGUAGAUAUUGAUGCCUUGCAAGUUGAGAUUAACCCAUUGGUAGAGACAACAGAUAAACAAGUAGUAGCAGUUGAUGCAAAAAUAGCAUUUGACGAUAAUGCUCAAUUCAGGCAGCAAGAUUUAUUUGCUUUAGAAACUACUGAUGAAAAAGAUCCUAGAGAAACAGAUGCAUCUCGGUUUAAUUUAAAUUAUAUUAGUAUGGAUGGCAAUAUAGGAUGUUUAGUAAAUGGUGCUGGAUUAGCAAUGGCUACUAUGGAUAUAAUUAAAUUAAACGGUGGAUCGCCAGCAAAUUUUUUGGAUGUGGGUGGAGGUGUUAAAGAAGAUCAGGUUUUCCAAGCAUUUAGAAUUCUUAGCGAGGAUCCGAAAGUAAAAGUAAUUCUUGUAAAUGUUUUCGGCGGUAUUGUAAAUUGUGCCACGAUAGCAAAAGGGAUCAUUGCCGCAUCUCGUAACUUGAAACUUAAACUUAAACUUGUUGUUAGAUUGGAAGGUACUAACGUAACGGAAGCAAAGAAACUUCUUGCAGAAAGUGGUUUGCCGAUUAUUACAGCAAACGAUUUGGACGAAGCAGCGAAAAAAGCAGUUUCCUCUGUAAAGACUUAAAUUUGGUAAUUUCGUUUAGUAAUAUUAUUUUUUUAUCAGAGCUCGAAUAUAAUGGACAAAAUAUAAAAGCAGGGACAUAAUAUUUUUGAAUAGGUUUGUAAUAUUAAAUUAUCUUUUUAGUGUGUUUUCCCUUAAACAAUAUAUCUUUUGUCUCUUUAAACUUUAUUUGUACAUGUAUUCGCCAAGGGACUGAUAAUUUAACUGAUGUUUUAAAUUCAUUGUUUAUGAUUUAAUUAAGAUUAUUUUAAUUAACUUAUGUAUGUUCCUUAUAGUUAAUAAAUUUUACUAACGUUUUUUUUUAUUUUAUCAUAGA